UAAAAUAUACUAUGAAAUGUCCUAGUGGUUGUUAUAGAAAUCACAGAAAUCAAUGUGUUAUAAAACGUGGACUAACGACACCGUGCCAAAUAUCCGUUAAUGCUGUGUCAUAUUACUAAAAGUCAUGGAAAAUGUACAUAAGACACAAAUUCGUUGGUGAACUUUGAACAAUAAAAUAUGUGCAUGAAAAUGAAUCAACUUAAUUGCAAUUUCGUUAUUGUUUCAAUUGCAAUGUUUGAUUCGAAAAACCUCUUACCAUUUUGUGAGAGCAUACAAACAUCAUCCUCUUUCUCGAUAAGAUUUAUGAAUCGAGUUUUCAAAGUGUCUAAUUUACACAUAAAAAACAAAAUAUUGGAAAUGAAAUGGAAAAAAUAUCACUCCUCUACUAUUUAAUGUGCUGCUAAACAUAAUCGCCUAGAAUACUAGUGGAAGGCGAUAACCUAUUCUAGGCGCCAAAAUGCCUUAUCGUUGAACUCUUUUAGCCGCUAAUCGUAAAGCGAGGUUUGUGUGAUGCUACUGUGUCCUAUCGUCGCAUUAGUUGAUGUUUGAACCAGAAAAACCUCCGCAUUAGUUACUCAACACUCGAACAGAACAGUUGUUAUCAAUAUGGUGAUUCUCGGCCGGGUUUUGUUGGUGUUACUCAUCGUUGCUCUGGUGGAUAGUGCAAAUAUCUCACCGAUUUGCGGCAAACGCCAGCUGGAUGAAACCACACUACUACCGGAAGGUCAAACAUUACCGGGUCAAAUUCCGUGGCAUGUUUCCAUUUACAGAUAUUCCGAAUUCUUAUGUGGUGGAUCGAUCGUGUCUCCUAGAUUAGUGAUAACGUUUGCUCACCUUUUGGCUUUUUGGCAAUAUCCCUCGGCGUACCACUUCACGGCGGGCCUAUAUGAUCUGGAGAACACGACUAACAGCAUCAGCUAUAACGUGUCUGAAGUAAUCGUGCAUCCUGAGUUUAUAAAGACAACGUCGAGCAACGACAUUGCCAUUCUGCGCGCGGCAAGCGAUAUAUUACUUGGUGAACCGAUGAAAGUCCUUCCUAUUUGUUUGCCAAAUGGUCAAGCAGUGAAGGGCAUCACCGGACAGGAGCUGCUGAACCAGAGAGGCAUCCUUGCCGGUUGGGAGCAUCCUGAGAACGUCCCUUCGAGUAGCGUUUUGAAAUGGAAGGCUGUACGCGUGAUCGAUUUGGAAAGCUGUCGCGAGAAGCUUCCCGAAAAGUUUCACUAUGCGCUGGACAACGAAGCCUUUUGUGCCAGCCGGCAGGACACUGGAGCGAACAUCUACCCCGGUGAUGGUGGUGGUGGCUUAGCAUUCAUCGAGGAUGGUGUUUGGUAUCUCCAUGGUCUGUUCAGCUUUGCUCCCAACAAACUCUUGGAUAACGGUAAAGUUGGCUUUAAUCAAAGUGGCGUAUUUGGAUUCACCGAUAUCGCACGCUACAUUCCAUGGAUUAAUGAAAAUUUGAGCAAAUGAAAACGAGAGGAACUCUUCACGAUACAGGCCUUAAGCGCAUUUGUCCUCUUUAUGUUACUUAAUCAUUUUGAACUUUACGUGGCUAUACAAACAAUAUGUUAUCGCAUUUAGAGUUUGAUUUAAUAAGCACACGAUUUUUAAUAUGCUUUUAGUAUAAGUAAUGACUCAAUAA